GAGAAAGGAAGAAUAAUGCCGUUUGUAGAGCUGGAAACAAAUCUGCCUUCUCAAAAUGUACCCCAGGACCUGGCAGAGAAGCUCUGCUCGGCCACCGCUACCAUUCUGGGCAAACCAAGGGAGAGGGUAAAUGUGACAGUGAGGACUGGAGUCUCCAUGGUAGUGGGAGGUUCUUCAGCGCCAUGCACCCAGCUGUUUAUCUCCUCUAUUGGAGUGGUGGGAACUGCGGAACAGAACAAGGAACACAGCGCUAAGUUCUUUAAUUUCCUGACAGAACAACUGGGCCUUGCACAGGACAGGAUUUUGCUGAGAUUUGUGCCAAUAGAGCCAUGGCAGAUUGGAAAAAAUGGAACUGUUAUGACUUUUCUAUAACUUCUCAUAAGAAAUUAGAGGCCACGGCUGCACAGAAUCAUCAUAUCCAUCUCUACUCUAAUCAAGAUACUAAUUGUACAGUCAUCUGUAUGCUAUAUGUCACCUGACAAGACACAAGCCAUAGCAUAAAAAGCAUUGUCUUCACAAAAAAAGAGCCUGAACACCACAGAUUGUUUUACAGUGAAUUGCUCUUCAUUGAAAUACAUUUUUGAAGAUUUCUCACAGUCCUGUGUGCCGUUGGAAUUCCUUUGCUGUACUCUGUUGUGGGGCUGCCAAACCUCUGCCAGUGAGCACCAGGCAUAUUGCUGUUAUCUGUUGGGUGUGCGGGAUCCUGCUUUGUUCCUAGCACAAACCCAUAGGUCCAUCAGCAUGUGUGGAGCUACAUGGAGCGUAUAUUGGCGGAAAAAUGCACAUGCAUGCAUUUUUGUGUCUAUCUGUUCCAUGUAGUGGCGGUGAGCACAUUAGAGUGAAUCUGAUUUCCACUGUCACAUUCCAUGAUGCUCAGGCCCUGGUAUUUCAAGGACAGACAGGACCAAAUGGCCUCCAACAGGCCCAAUAAAUAGUGACUGUCUAUGGCAUAUUAUUAUCUGCAGUGCCUGUGGCAUUUGCCAAUAACCAAUUUCUAUGUGGUGGGAGUGCAGUGGCCAUAGCUAUCGGCUAUCUCUCAAGAAAUGAGAUCCAUCACACUUGUCCUUUAGACAAGUCCAUAAUAUAUUGCCAUAGUCCAUAUUUUUGUGUGAGUCAAUUUUCUGCUUGAAAUCUAAAUACAUAGUACACUUAAACUGAUCCUGUGUAUUUAGUUAGUGAUUUACUGAAAAAUAAACAUUGCUGGUGUGUGAGGCUCAGGCCAGACUGUGUCAAA